ACAUAUAAUUGAACUUAGUUUAUUUCGAUACAGCAUAAGAGCUAGUUAUGUUUGAAAACAUGAGCCAUUUAAAAUCUACAACGGUUGUUGAGGACGUAAAAUCUGACAAAGCGGAUAGAUCUGAAGAUAUUUUUAAAUUUGACUCAUCAGAAGAUGAGGAAAUCUCGACAAUAUUUGGAUUCAAAGAGGAGGAUGCCAGACAAAAACUCAUCAGUUUCCCCAAGUCUAUUCGUAUUGUGAUCAGUCCAGACCUUCAGGCCGAGAUUGGCGUAGAAAUCGGCCCAACUGUUAGCAGUGAACAUCCGUGGAAGCAAAUAAAAAAAGAUGUUCUUGAAGACCAUAUCUCGGAUGAAACAAAAGAACUACAGCUUUUGAAGGAAAUGCUAAGAGAAAUAGAAUCUGGGAAACUCAUUCUUUUAGGUUAUUUACCCAAAUUAUCGAACGAAGAAGACAUAUUUGUUAUUUUCAUAGAUGACCGUGAACUGAAAGAAGCUAGUGAAAUCAUUAGGCGCCUUGAGUUACUCGAACGAUAUAAGACACGCACUGUACUAAAAAAAUGCUCCAAUAGAUGGAAGGACCAUGGAAGUCAUAACAAGGUGCAAUAUUUCAUACCGAUCAAACGCAAAAAUGUUGUCAAUUUGGAAACUCAAAGCAUAUUUCCAGUCAGACGAUGUAGUUACGAUUUCAGUCAUCGUUUUGUUAAUGAUGCAAGAGAUGGAUAUAUUGAACUAGUUCCAGGCGUCGCACACUUUGCAAAUGUCAAUCGUAUGCAGGUGGAUUUUGGUGUACAAACAAACUCUCUAAAACUACACCGUGCCCAACAAACUAAUCCAACUUUUCCAACGAAUGCAUGGUCUCAAUACUUGUAUGAGAUAACUGAAGAAGAAAAACAAACUACAAACAAGCCUACUGAAUGUUUAAAGGAUGGAAAUCAUACAUCAGAAACCAAUAGCUACGUUCAGGAAUUACUUAACACGCUGGCGUUCAACAAGAUUGAUAUGUACAAUAACGAUUAUCCUUUGAUUUCCAGAAAAAAAGUUCAUAGGUAUCAUACACCAAUUAUGGAAGAAUAUUUAUACUUCACUGAUCGCGAAAAGUGUAAAAAUCGAUGCGUCUCUGCAUUAGAUUGGCAUCCGCAAAUAGGCGGUAUUUUUGUUGCAGCUUACAAUUUCAAAACUAUUUGCACUACAGAAGCUUUUGAAGAACAAAACGCAACCGAUGUUGUUAACAAAGUUGUUUUUCAGAAAGGACCGGUCUUACUGUGGAGUUUCGAUGACACACUUGCACAAAAACUUGAACUUAGAUCCAGUCGCGAAGUUACGGCGCUGUCAUUUUGUCCUUAUGACGCAAAUUUACUUUUAGGAGGUCUGACGAAUGGUCAAGUGAUCAUUUGGGAUCUGGAAGGUCAUUUGGAACGCAUUGAAAGAGUGGAGAAUAAUUCACUUCAGCAAAUAGGCAAUCGUAAAAUAAUUAGAAAGCAAAUGGGUUGGUGUGCGUUCGAAGCAAUGGAUCGUACCGUUGAACCUGUCGCUACCAGUGCACUGGAUAAGUCGCCACGCAGACAAAUUUUGGUAAUAAAGUGGUUACCACGAAACUAUUAUUGUGCAACAACCGGUCAAAUUCGGAUUCAUGCUGAAAAGUUACACCGAUUUGUAUUAACAGCAUCUAUUGAUGGUUCUAUUUGUUUCUGGGAUUUAGAUUUUACAGUUCCGUCCAUUAGAAAAGCUGCACAGAGUACCAAAACUGUUAACACAGGUGAAUAUUCACCUUACCAAUGUUUAGAUAACGUGUUUUAUCCCAUAUUUCGCAUCAAAUGCGAAACUUCCAUUUCAUCAUUGUCUAUUGAUGAAGCAUUUUACAAAUUUAUUGCAAACGAUUGUAAACGAGAUGCAAUAUGUACUAAAAUUAAACAUCGCGCUGAACAAAUACAAGUCGAAUAUCGAAUGCAGGUGAUAAUAGGUACUGUAGCAGGAGAUAUUGUUCAUGGAAACUGGGAAGGACACGACUUCGAUCAGGGAGCCACUACCAAUGAGGAGAAUCUGAAGUCCAAGAAAAAAUUUGCGGCCAUUCAUGAUGGCCCGGUAUUGGCAAUUGAAAGGAAUCCAUUCUGUUGGGAAAUCUUCUUAAGCAUUGGUGGCUACGUCUUAGCAAUAUGGAGUGAAACUUGUCAGAGUUCUGCAAUAUUCUGGAGGAAACGGAAAUCUCGUGUAUUAGGCGGAAGAUGGAGUCUGGAUCGACCAUCAGUUUUUUUCAUUAUUGAUAGUAAUGGGGAUUUAGAAGUCUGGGAUACUAUUAUUCGAAUUGACGUUCCUUGCAUGAGUAUUAGUGUAGGUGGCCAUAUCCUAAGUUAUUUGUUACAGCACAAGUUGCCCUUUGCGAAGCAAUAUUUAGCAAUAGCUGACUACAACAGUAACAUUCGAAUAUUUAUUAUUCCUCCCAUCUUUUGUGAACAAGUUUCAAAUGAGAAAGCAAAAUUUCUGAAAACCAUUCAACAUGAACUGUCGCGGAAAAAAUCACAAGAAAAUUGGAUUCAGACCUUCUAUGAAGCGCAUAAAGAAAUUAUCGAAGGUCAGGUUAGAGCUAAACUAGCGGCUAAAGAACUAGCUGAACGUUUGGAAAUUGAACAAAAAGAGCACGCUGAGUUUUUGAAGCGUCGAGCUGUAGAAGAAGCUAAAAAGAAAGCGAAGCAAGAUGCUGAAAAACGUGUUGACCUUGCCAAGCGCUUAGAAGUUAAAUGGAGACAAAAAUGUUACAAGCGAUUAUUACACAGUAUGAUGAUGAGGAGAAAUAUUAGUCCAGGUCAGUUAGCAAAGCAAAUGCAACCCGAAAAACAAAAAAGAAAGUAUGAUGAUGAAAAACGCAUCGCGAUUGCAAAGAAUUUAACAGGAAUUGAAGCAGACUACAAUGAUAUCAAAUCUCUGCUACUGCCUAUUGACAAGAUAACAAUAAAAAAAAGUGAGAUAUUGAAUCAGCUGAUUGAUAAAUUCAAAGGCGAAAUGAUCAACUAUUCUCGCAUCGAAGCAGAGGCCAAAAUUGUAUUAAAUUGUUUUAAUUUGCCCAAAGUUGCUAAUUUUACCGAGGUCUUCGUGAAAGGAAAUCAACGCAGAGAACUAAUUAACCAGGAGUUGGGGGCAAAUUUAGAGCACUUGGAAAGUUACAAAAAAAAAAAAAAUCGUAAACUGACAACAGAAGAAGCUCGCGAAGAUAUAGAUAGUAGAACUAGCAAUAUGAGUCCCGAAGCGUUACAACGGGCACGAUGUGUCACUUUUAUUGAUAAUGCAGGUGAAAUGUUGCAUGAUCACAUAAAAAACGAGCGUGAAGUUGACUCCCUUCAUAAAAAUACACCUGUUCAGGAGGAAUAA